GACGUCAAAGAGGAUUGCUUCUUUCAAAACGUCCGGAUCUCCCUCCCUUGGUUGCGGACAAAGUCUGUUUCGUGUUUUUCGUGGAUGGGGCUCAGCAAAAAAACACGAAAGAUGUUUCACUCGAUGAUCUCCGCCCUUGGAGUGUGACCAAUACUGGUCCGAAUGCAACUGGUUCCUCUAUCAAACCGAAAGUCCGGAGACAUCCAGUUGCUUGCAUCAACGGCAAACUGAACAUGGCCAAGCAUGGGACUGUUGACGAUACGUAUCAAUUGACAGAAUACAACGCAAAACUUCCACGGGAGCAGAGGCUCAGAAAAAAAUAUUUUCUACGGGACUCAUGAAAAUAAAGUCUUCGGCAAUGUGAUGAUUGUCUAUGACUACAUGAUCACUGGAAACGCCCCAAGUCCACUUCACCUUCUACAUGGAAAUCAUCAUUUGCGAAGAGCACUUCGAGAUGAGCAUAGUGGAAGUGACGGUGAUUCUCCGUUCGAACCACAACUCAUCACGGGAAGUCGCGGACCUGGAGUUUACCUCAAACUGAGUCCUAACAAGUUUGGCUGGGUUGCACACAAGAGGAUGAUUCUCAAUUAUAUGUUCAAUACUUGGGAAAAACGGCUUGUCGCCGUAUUUCCCAACGAGCUACCCGACGAAGACCAGAAAGUACGGAGUCAUUCGUGAUUGUGACAAUCGAGAAUUCUUGAUUAAAGAAGAUGCAAACUAUCGAAUGUACCCAUAUGCACUGAUUCGGUUGGACUCGUGGAGCUACAAGCAGCCAAGAAUUCAAAAACAGAUAUUCUAUAUGGUCGAGCGGCAGUCGAGAGAGGUUUUAGGCCACGCUUUGAUCCUAUACGAAUACACCUACAGUGCUGUGUUCCUCGUCUAUGCGCUCUGCAUUACCUGCCAAUCACCACAAGAGAUUGUGAUACAAUUAAUGGUAUGCAGUGUGUCAUGUCAAAGCAUAGAACGUUCAACACUCGUUCGUUCAAAUUGCCACCACAAGUUGCAGUCGAUGGAACAUUUUAUAUGCAACUUGAUGACUUGACGUUUUGGAACGACUGUAAUCGUCAACUGUAUUACCUAGUAAAUCGAUCCGAUUUGAUUGAAGAAUUUGGAUGUAUGAACAGCAAAGUACCUGUUCUACCACCCUUCACAACUGCAAAAGGAGUGUUUGUCUUCUUUGUCAACGGCGGAGAAGUGGACUUCCGACUACUGAUGACGGAUGACUUGGGUCCCUGGGAUGAGAACUCCUCAUCGAAACCUCGUGAAUCAGCAGGAGAGAAGUCGUCAGUCGUUCCACUUGUUUACAGUUGUCAGAAUCAGCUGCGAGUCGUCACAGGAAACAACCAGUCUAUGAAAUCGGUUGAAUUUAAAUUAAGAACGUGUACUGCAGUUUCAUCCCGGUGUUUGCGUCUUCAAAAAAAAGUUGCUUACGUGGAACGUGGCGGUCACCAGUUUGGACAUGGAAUUAUUAUUUACCGGUUUACUGAACCUGGACCAACUCCAGAACCGUGUGAAAGGAAAUAUAAAAUGUCAACGGAUAUUUGGUUCGAUCACCUCCCGGAGGAUAUCCGACAAGAGCUUUUCUUUUUUUUUGAAAUCUAA